CUCCAUUUUACUGAUAUCUGAAAAAAAAGUGACUCAAGUUGGCAUCCUUUGGGAAUCCUUCUAGCCAAAGAUAAAAGAAAUUUGUCUGGAGUAAUACUGAACUGAAUGCGUCUGAACUGAAGGAAAUGUUUUAAGACUGCUCUCCUGACAGAAGUUGUACAAAAAUGGUACACUGAGGUUGCUGCUUGCACUUCUGGGAAGACUGUAACUGUAUUUUUAUAUUGCAGUUUAUUGGCCCAUAAAAGACAAUGUAAUAACAAAAGUAACAGUAAACUUAUGCAAUAGUAGCAGUUCCCCUCCCACUGACUGGACAUGAGUGAUCAAAGGUCUUUGCAAGAAGAUAAGCACAAAGUUAGCAGAACUUCCUCAAAGUUCAGAGAGUCUUCAAGAAGCAUGCAAUCUGAUGAUUAUUUUGCUAGAAAACUUAAAGCUUUGAAUGGUAGCAUGGGUCCUCCUGUUUCUUCUAAUGCAUCUAGCAAAACUGAAAAUAAUCAAACAAAUGGUACACCAGCUGUGCCUAAAAUGGGUGUUCGAGCAAGGGUAUCUGAAUGGCCUCCUAAAAAGGAUUGCUCCAAAGAGCUGAGUAAAGCUGCUUGGGAAAACAGACCUCCAACUGGUUAUGAAAGUGUUGGCUCAGUACUUCCAAAUGGACAAAAUGACCAAAGUGAUGGACAGCAGGAAGAGCUAGAAUUGGAAUUUACAGAGGGAAAAUACUCGAUUGGAGAUCUCUUUGUUCAUUCCCCUCAAAGGGGACUUCAUCCCAUAAGGCAAAGAAGCAACAGUGAUGUGACAAUAAGUGAUAUUGAUGCUGAAGAUGUGUUAGACCAGAAUGCUGUUAACCCAAAUACUGGAGCAGCUCUUCAUAGAGAAUAUGGCAGUACCUCUUCAAUUGAUAGACAAGGCUUGUCUGGAGAAAAUUUUUUUGCAAUGCUAAGAGGAUACAGAGUGGAAAAUUUUGAGCAUAAAACCCUUGCUCCAUUUGGAUUUUCUGAGUUUUUCCACUGUGAUCCUACAGUUUCUCCAAGUCUACAUGCUGCUGCACAGAUUUCCAGGGGAGAAUUUGUCAGGAUUUCUGGCUUGGAUUAUAUGGAUAGUGCUCUACUUAUUGGUCGAGACAGGGAGAAAUCUUUCAAAAGGAGACUAAAAACGGAAGCAGUAGAAACAUCUCUAUUUAGAAAAUUGCGAACAGUUAAAAGUGAGCAUGAAACUUUUAAGUUUUCGUCUGAUCUGGAUGAUAGACUUGACAGAAAUGUUCGUUCUUGGAACUGUCAGAAAUGUUUUGCACAUUAUGAUGUUCAGAGCGUUUUGUUUAACAUAAAUGAAGCAAUGGCUACCAGAGUAAAUGUAGGAAAAAGAAAAAACAUAACCACUGGGGCUUCAGCUGCAUCACAAACUCAGAUGCCAGCAGGCCAAACGGGAAACUGUGAAUCUCCUUUGGGAAGCAAAGAGGAUCUCAAUUCAAAAGAGAAUUUAGAUGCUGAUGAGGGUGAUGGGAAAAGCAAUGAUUUAGUAUUGAGUUGCCCUUACUUCAGGAAUGAAACUGGUGGGGAAGGAGAUAGACGGAUUGCACUUUCUAGGGCAAAUUCAGCAUCUUUUUCUUCAGGUGAAAGUUGUUCUUUUGAGUCCUCUCUCAGUUCCCAUUGCACAAAUGCUGGUGUUUCAGUACUGGAAGUACCAAGAGAAAACCAGUCCAUUCACAGAGAGAAAGUGAAGCGUUACAUCAUAGAACACAUUGAUCUUGGAGCAUAUUAUUACCGCAAGUUCUUCUAUGGAAAAGAGCAUCAGAACUACUUUGGAAUAGACGAAAAUCUUGGACCUGUAGCAGUCAGCAUCCGGAGGGAGAAGGUUGAAGAUGCCAAGGAGAAAGAAGGAUCUCAGUUCAACUAUCGUAUAGUUUUCAGGACAAGUGAGCUUACUACACUUAGGGGAGCAAUUUUGGAAGAUGCUAUACCAUCCACUGCUCGGCAUGGCACAGCAAGAGGUCUGCCUCUCAAAGAGGUACUAGAGUAUGUAAUACCAGAGCUGAGCAUUCAGUGCCUGAGGCAGGCUUCCAACUCACCCAAAGUACCUGAACAGCUGCUUAAACUGGAUGAACAAGGGCUGAGUUUUCAACAUAAGAUUGGUAUCCUUUACUGCAAAGCAGGUCAAAGCACAGAAGAAGAAAUGUAUAACAAUGAGAUGGCAGGACCAGCUUUUGAAGAGUUCCUUGAUCUGCUGGGCCAGAGAGUGCGGCUAAAAGGAUUUAGUAAAUACAGGGCUCAGCUAGAUAAUAAAACUGAUUCAACAGGAACUCAUUCCCUCUAUACUACCUAUAAAGAUUAUGAGUUAAUGUUUCAUGUAUCAACAAUGCUUCCAUACAUGCCCAGUAAUAGGCAACAGCUGCUAAGGAAAAGGCAUAUAGGAAAUGACAUAGUUACCAUUGUCUUCCAAGAGCCAGGAGCACUUCCUUUUACUCCAAAAAAUAUUCGUUCCCACUUUCAACAUGUAUUUGUCAUAGUCAAAGUGCAUAAUCCUUGCACUGAAAAUGUGUGCUAUAGUGUUGGUGUUUCACGAUCAAAAGAUGUACCUCCAUUUGGUCCACCCAUUCCCAAAGGAGUAACUUUCCCCAAAUCAGCAGUCUUUAGGGACUUCCUUUUAGCCAAAGUUAUUAAUGCUGAAAAUGCGGCACAUAAGUCAGAAAAAUUUCGAGCCAUGGCCACAAGGACACGUCAAGAAUACUUGAAAGAUCUGGCAGAAAAUUUUGUUACCACAGCUACAGUGGAUACUUCAGCGAAGUUUAGCUUUAUUACUUUAGGGGCAAAAAAAAAGGAAAAAGUGAAACCAAGGAAAGAUGCACAUCUAUUCAGUGUUGGAGCAAUUAUGUGGAAUGUGAUUGCACGAGAUUUUGGCCAGUCUGCUGACAUUGAAUGUCUGCUUGGAAUCUCCAAUGAGUUUAUCAUGUUGAUUGAAAAGGAAUCAAAAAAUGUUGUGUUUAACUGCUCCUGCAGAGAUGUUAUUGGAUGGACGUCUGGAUUAAUGAGCAUCAAAAUAUUUUAUGAAAGAGGAGAAUGUAUUCUUUUGUCUGCAGCAGAUAAUUGUACUGAAGACAUCAGAGAAAUUGUUCAAAGACUUGAAAUAGUGACCAGAGGAUGUGAAACCACGGAAAUGACCCUUCGGAGGAAUGGGUUGGGCCAACUUGGAUUCCACGUGAACUUUGAAGGGAUAGUGGCAGAUGUGGAGCCUUUUGGUUUUGCAUGGAAGGCAGGCCUACGGCAAGGGAGCCGCCUGGUUGAGAUCUGUAAAGUGGCUGUGGCAACUUUGACUCAUGAACAAAUGAUUGACCUCUUACGCACAUCGGUGACAGUAAAAGUGGUGAUUAUUCAACCACAUGAGGAUGGAGCACCUAGAAGGGGUUGUUCAGAACUUUGUCGUAUACCCAUGGUGGAAUACAAACUUGACAGCGAAGGCACCCCAUGUGAGUAUAAAACCCCUUUCAGAAGGAAUACCACUUGGCAUCGGGUGCCGACUCCCGCUGGGCAGCCUCUCUCUCGUGCCUCUCCAAUCCUAGGAACAUCUGACAGACUGCAGUGCCAGCAGCUUCUCCAGCAGGCUCAGACAGCCAUUCCUCGCAGCACUUCCUUUGAUAGAAAACUGCCAGAUGGUGCAAGAAGUUCUCCGAGCAACCAGUCCUCCUCCAGUGACCCAGGACCCAGCGGGAGCAGCCAGUGGAGACAGCAAGUGGGAUAUGAUGGGUGCCAGUCCCCUUUGCUCCAUGAACACCACCAAGGUUCAGGCUCACUGGAAUGUGAAGGAGGCAGAGAACGAGAGGAAACUUUGGAUGGAACUAGACAUUCUGAAGCUAAGUGGCAUGCACCUUCGACCAAAGUCCUGAGCUCCUACAAAGACCGGGCUUUACAGAAAGAAGGCAGUGGAAAGGAGUCACCAAACAAACUUUCACAUAUUGGCGACAAAAGCUGUUCAAGCCACUCAAGCAGCAACACCCUAUCCAGUAAUACAUCCAGCAACAGUGAUGAAAAACACUUUGGUUCUGGAGAUCUGAUGGAUCCUGAGCUGCUUGGAUUAACAUAUAUAAAGGGGGCUUCUACUGACAGUGGAAUUGAUACAGCUCCCUGCAUGCCUGCUCCUCUUCUGGCCCCCUUGCACCUUGCUGGCAGCAGGUCCGGAGUGCAUUGUCGUACUGAGCAGUGGACCGAGUCUUCUGAAACUGCUGUGCCAGAUGAUGAUCCAGCUAAAAUCUAUGCUGUUCAUAGCUAUGCCUCUGCUAUUUCUACCAGUCGUACCGCCGAAGGCAGUAUGGGAGACCUAAGUGAAAUCUCCUCUCAUUCCAGUGGGUCACAUCAUUCAGGAAGCCCAUCAACACAUUGCUCUAAAAAGAGUGGCUCCCUGGAUACCUCCAAAGUCUAUAUAGUGUCACAGAAUAGCAGUCAGCAGAUUUCUGGGUCAGUUUCAAAACCGUACCACAGACAAGGAGCAGUGAGUAAAUAUGUCAUUGGGUGGAAAAAAUCAGAAGGAAGUCCUACACCUGAAGAAUCUGAAGUUGCUGAAUGCCAUGAAGUGUAUGAUGAUAUCGAUGCUGUGUCUGCAUCAAGUCCACUGCAGACUUCUGUGAGGAAUGCCAUUGCUGAAAGCCAGCAAGUCUUGUCCAAAGAAGAUUUUCUGAAGUUGAUGCUGCCAGACAACCUCGCUAUGGAGGAGGGGAGAAGAAAGUUUUCAUUUUAUGGAAACCUUUCUCCACGGAGGACACUUUACCGUACCCUAUCUGAUGAGAGUAUAUGUAGCAAUCGAAGAGGAUCUUCAUAUGCUAGCUCUCGAAGUUCAAUGCUAGACCAGGCCUUGCCAAAUGACAUCUUAUUCAGCACUACUCCACCCUACCACAGCACGUUGCCUCCCAGAAUGAGCCUGACUCCCGGAAUGGGAAAUCUGAGAAAUGAAUUCUGGUUCUCAGAUGGGUCCUUAUCUGAUAAAGCCAAAUUCAAUGAUCCUGGCCUGAUGCCCCUGCCAGACACUGCCACAGGGCUAGACUGGUCCCACCUGGUAGAUGCUGCACGAGCGUUUGAAGAUCAGAGAGUAGCAUCUUUUUGCACCUUGAAUGAUAUGCAGCAAGCUCAGGGCUUGGAAGGAACACAAGAGUUACCUUUGGAUGAGAGUCCCACAGAUGGAAAAGAUUUCCUUGAGGCUACUGGGGAACACGCUCCAAGUACUCUGACUGGAAAAGUAAACCAGCUAGAAGUCAUCCUCCGGCAACUACAAACCGACCUGAGAAAGGAAAAACAGGACAAGGCAGUGCUCCAAGCAGAGGUACAGCAUCUGAGACAAGAUAACAUGAGGCUUCAGGAGGAGUCUCAAACAGCAGCUGCCCAACUGAGGAAGUUUACAGAGUGGUUUUUCAAUACGAUAGACAAAAAAUCCUAAUGAUUGGGCCCCUGGAAAAUACUUAUCUGAACAAUGUAACAGCUGUAUUUUUUUGAAUUAGCGGGGUAAUAAUUUCACUGUGUUCACAAUCCAUUUUAGGUGUUUCUGCUACAUUCUCGAUCCAGCUUUAUUCACUUGAGAAGGAGAGAGAACUGUGGUAAUCGGUCUUUAAGUUCAUAUGAAGAAAGCAGAGAAUAGCAGAUAUUUGUUUGUGUGCAGAUGAAUGUAAAAAAUCCUUAGUGUCAUUUUAGACAUUUUUAGAAGAUGCUCUGGCUGGGGCUUGCCUGAAGAGGAAUAUUUAGGGUUUUAGUUCCUGCAUUUCAGGUGCGCUGGUGAAGAUGUUAAAGCAAUUUACAUUAGCUUGGGCUUCAGUAUUGUAAGAUAAAAAGAAUAACCAGACAUAUACUUUAAUGUUUAAAAGGUGCUCUAUUUUUUUGUAUGUACAGUAGUUUUAUUUCCACGGUCCACAUUGUCAUAGCAAUAACAAUGGAGGUAUAGUGAAUAGUCACAAAGCUGUGCUUAUAAAAUGUUAGCACUGAUGUGUUUAACACUAGUGUGGAUGCAGAUACAUUAGAGAUUAUUUAUUUGCAGGAACAAAUGGUGCCUGAAUAUAAACAGUGUUCUGAUUUUCUAAAAAUACACAUGCCUUGUAAAUGGCUCACUGGGGUUAGCCCACUCCCAACUUCAGUUACUUUUGUAUAGUUGAUGUUCAGCUAAACAGUUAUACUGCUUAACUAUUGAAAUCAUGUACGGUGUGAGCCAGCCAAUCAAUUGUACAAUGCCAAAUUUGUUUAUCUUUGUACAGAAGCUUUGAUCAAGU